AUCAGAAACGUUCGCGCCCUGCGCUCGUGCGCGCGCUUUCAACAGAAUCUCCGAUAAACCUGCGCGAUAAAAACAAAAUUAUAACAAAAUACAUCACAUAAAACAAUCCCAACUUAAAAGUAACAACCGGACCGUAUUACUUGCCAGUCGUGCGCUGCGAGUGCGAAACAAAUUAAAAAAAUAAAACAAAAUAUUGAAUGGAUUAAAAAAUAAAACAAAAAGAAACACGCUGUUCGAACUGAGAGGCGCAAAUAAAAGCAAUACUUUGGCUGAACAUGUACACCCAAGGUUAUGGAAUCUUGGUUUGCGAAUUAAAAAAAUAAUAAAUUCUUUGUGGUAUUAAAUUAUAGGCGAAUUUGUUUUGUCAUGUAUUGCACUUGAAAGUGAUAGUUGUGUGACUUGUGUGCUAGAUACGUGGUUGUAACCGAUAUUUUGUGGGGUCCACGAUUUAAGCUGAAAUAAGAGACGUAGAAAAAUGGAAUUUGGACGGCGUUGGGCGUUGGUCGUCCUGGGACUUUCCUGUUCGGUGAGCUGUCAUGACACCACUGCACCUCCCGCGCCAAUAGUAUACGAGCCAUCAUGGACAUACAAAUGCGUGCCAGACGAAGGUUGCCACCGCUCAGCGCACCCCCAACCGGGAGCAAACUCCUCCAGUUUAAUCUUCCCCAGUCUAGACCUCUGCAGAACGGUGUGCGGGAGAUUUGGGGGUCUAUGGCCUAGACCAGUUACAGCUGCCCUUAGCACGCAGACUGUGAGGAUACACCCUAAUUUCUUAAGAUUCGAUCUGAGUAAUGCUCCAGUGGAGACUCGCGACAUUCUGGUGGAGAUGACACACGUGGCAACACAGAACCUCAUCGAUGAGUGUGAUGGCAAUGUAUCGGUGGUCGUGGAGACACCGGUGGUGGUCUACAUCACUGUCAAGACAACCAACCUCAACCUUACACUGGAUACUUUAGAACAGUAUAGAUUGGAUGUGCAGAGUAAAGAAUCCAACGCAGUCAUCCACAUAGUAGCCGAAACUGUAUACGGCGCUCGGCAUGCGUUAGAGACAUUCACCCAACUGGUAUCAUCAGACAAACUGGACGAUGGCGAAUACAGAUGCGGCCUCCGAUUGGUAGCCGGUGCAAAGAUUUGGGACCAACCUGUGUACAAAUACAGGGGAUUCCUUCUUGAUACUUCGAGGAACUUCAUACCGAUGGAUGACAUCAAGAGGAUGCUGGAUGCAAUGGCUACAGUCAAGAUGAAUGUGUUCCAUUGGCAUGCUACUGAUUCACAUAGCUUCCCGUUGGAAUCUAAACGAGUGCCACAGUUUACCAGAUACGGUGCAUACUCAGCAUACGAGAUAUACUCAGCCGAAGAGAUCCGGGAGCUGAUACACUACGCGCGCGUGCGCGGCAUUCGUGUGGUCAUAGAGAUCGACUCGCCUGCCCACGCUGGCAACGGCUGGCAAUGGGGACAGGAAUUCGGCUACGGUGACUUGGCAGUAUGUGUGAACGCGAGGCAGUGGCGCGGUUUGUGCAUACAACCACCGUGUGGACAACUGAACCCGGCCAACCCCACCAUGUACAGGGUGCUACGAGAUCUGUACAAAGACAUAGCGGAGUACUUACCCAAGCCGGCUCUGUUCCAUAUGGGAGGAGAUGAGGUUUUCUUGGGUUGCUGGAACUCGUCCGAACAAAUUCUAACGUACAUGGAAAGCAGAAAUUAUGAUACGAGCGUGGAUGGUUUCAUAAAACUGUGGUCAGAGUUCCACGAAAAAGCCCUCAAUAUGUGGGACGAAGAACUUACAGCACUUGGUCAAGAAGAGAAGCAGCCGGUUAUGCUUUGGUCUUCUGAACUCACACAAGCUCACAGAAUACAGAAACAUUUAAGCAAGGACAGAUACAUAAUCGAAGUAUGGGAACCAAUAAACAGUCCAUUGCUGGUCCAGCUGAUUCGUCUCGGCUAUAAAGUGGUGUCCGUGCCCAAAGACAUUUGGUACCUAGACCAUGGCUUCUGGGGGCAGACCAAGUACUCCAACUGGAGGCGAAUGUACGCUCACACUUUGCCGCGGGACCCACACAUGCUUGGAGGAGAGGUCGCUGCUUGGAGUGAAUAUGUCGAUUCACAAGGAUUGGAUACCCGCGUGUGGCCGCGCACCGCCGCAGUAGCAGAGCGCCUGUGGGCGGACCCGAACAGUGGCGCCAUCGCCGCAGAGUCGCGCCUGCAACGGCUGAGGGCGAGACUUGGCUCUCGAGGCAUCCGUGCCGACGUACUGUCUCCGCAGUGGUGUGCCCAACACGACCAGCAUUGUGUUUAGUAACUACGGCUUCCAGCUCAACCAAAGUCAAAGGCAUUUUUGAAGACUGAAGCUCGAUCGCAAAAAUGGAAACAUUUUUCAAAAUCACUUUUGAAGCUCCUUACUAUUUUCUGAGUUACUAGUAUUUUUAACCAACUUAAUAAAAACUUAAUUUACUAAGAGAGCACAUGACAUAAGUCUCGAUAUUUUAUUUUUGAUCUCUAUGGAGAUGUAAAUAUUAUUUAGUUUUAAGUAACAAAAUGACAUUAUAGUAUUUAGGCUAGUUGUAAUAUAAAAAUUAUAAAGACAAUAGUGUAACUCUGAGAGAGAUCUCAUAAUUUAAGAAAUCUUUUAUUUACUGUAUUUGCAUUUCAAACCUUUUUAUUUCACAUAAAAUUAUGUUAAUUUUUCAUUUCGUAUUUGAAGAGCGAUAUUUUAGGUACAUUUAAAUAAAUAAGAUGGCUUACCAAAUAUAUUAAUUUAUUAUGUAAGUUUAGUUGUUACGAUCAAUUUGAUUCUUAUCAAUUUGAGGUCCUUUACUGAAAAUAUAUUACUUAUUUAAAUGAUGGUUGUAAAAACAAAUUCGUAACUAAUUAUUGUGAUAAUUGACACGUAGGUAUUUGUAAUGUUUUUCAUAGAAAAGAAAGUUUUUGGUAGACUGCAAUGUCACUUAAUAUCAGAUGAAAUAGCAGUCAAGGGCUAAAUUGUCAUAGAAUAAAAAUUAACCUAAAAUGAUUGUUAUAUGUUAGGAUCUGCAUAAUAUACCUACGAUUAGUUCCACUGACAGCAUUAGUAUUUUAUUACAAACACCAUUUGGUAUUCAGAACCAUUAAGAAUGAAAUAAAAUGAAAUAAACUUAUAA